AACAGCAAAAUACCAUUGUAUCAAUGGAUUUUCCAACAAAUGAAAUACGAUAGUGAAGGUGUUAAAUUCCUUAUAGACUGUAGAGCUGCCUUGCUUGAUCAUGUGCGUAAAAAUAAAAACUUUGGAAGUAUCGAAAUUCCUGCAAUGGAAAAAUCCCUUAAAAGUAUUCUUAGAGAGUACUUUGCUACAGAGCAUCUAAAAGUACGGACUGUAAGAAAAGAUGAUGACAAAGACUUAAAGGAAAAGUUAAUUGAAUAUGAAGCUGUUCAUGCGUAUCGAGAUGAUAACGAUCUUGAACAAAGAAUAGGAUUAAAUAGGCGUUGCUUCAUACUAACACACAACCAGUUACCUGGAGAGCCAUUGGCGAUUUUACAUACAGAGUUAACCGAUAAAACCACCGGAAAUAUUCAUGACAUUAUAGACAGGUCAACUAAUGAGAAAGAAAGAAUAGAAAGAAUUUUGGUAGCCAUAUUUUAUUCCGUUUCUGUAACAAAUAAAGGAUUGUCAGGAUUUCAAUUUGGACAAUAUAUAAUUAAGAAAGCGGUUGGACAGUUACAGGAAGAAUUUCCUCGGCUACGGGAAUUCUUUACGUUAUCCCCAAUUCCAGGCUUUCGAAAGUGGCUAUUGAAUGAAUUACAGUCACAAUAUUUUGGCUUAAUGCAACGUAUCCAAAACACAUUAAACAAAGAUGGUGUGGCUAUGAAUGUACCUGGAAUGUUAGAGGAUUGGCAAGCUGAUAAAGAAUCAGUAAUUAUCCAAGGACUAAAAGAAACGCUAUUACCUCUGUGUGCUUGUUACUUAACGUUAGAAAGAAAUAGAAACCGUGCCAUUAAUCCAGUUGCAAAUUUCCACAUUGGAAAUGGUGCGUGCAUAUACAGAUUAAAUUGGCUAGCAGACUUGACCAAUAACGGAAUGCAAUCCAGUUUUGGAAUUAUGGUUAAUUAUCAGUAUAUACUGAAAGAAAUGCAGUAUCAUACGCAGCGGUAUUAUGAACAUGGUCAAAUUGGCGUCUCUAAUAGUAUCCACGACUAUAUCGAAGGGUCUUGUCCAGUUAAUAAACCUUACUAUAUUGCGCGUAAAAGUAAAUUAUAG